UAGAAAAUCAACAUAAGGAGAAGAGAAAUAAAAACAAAAACAGUGGGAUUGAACAUCAUAGAGAUGGGCAAAAGAAAGUUAUACAUUUUGGUGGCUUUCUUAAUUAUACUUCUCUCCAUGGAUGCCAUUUUUGCUCAGGGCCAAGGCAAUGGCAAUGGCAAUAACAACAACGGCAAUGGUAAUGGCAAUAACAACAACGGUAACAACAAUGGCAAUAACAACAAUGGCAAUGGUAAUGGUAAUAGCAACAACGGCAAUAACAAUGGCAACGGUAACAAUGGCAAUGGCAAUGGAAAUGGCAAUAGUAGCAAUGGCAAUGGCAGCAGUGGUAGUGGUAACGGCAAUGGCAACAAUGGCAAUAAUAAUGGUAAUGGCAACAAUGGUAAUGGUAAUGGCAACGGCAACAAUGGCAAUAAUAAUGGUAAUGGCAACAGUGGUAAUGGCAAUGGGAAUGGCAACAAGAAUAGUACUGCACCCGCAGAUUAUGAUGUGUUGACACCAACACCAAAAACAGGACAGGAACGAGCCUUUUGCAAAGCUAGAGGAGCUUGUUACGGCAAAACCCUUGUGUGUCCAUCUCAAUGUGCACAGAGGAAACCCAAGCAAAACAAGAAAAAGAAGGGAUGCUAUAUUGAUUGCAGUAGCAAGUGUGAAGCCACUUGCAAGCAUAGAAGAGCAAAUUGCAAUGGAUAUGGCUCCAUAUGCUAUGAUCCUAGGUUUAUUGGUGGGGAUGGUGUAAUGUUCUACUUCCAUGGAGCUAAGGGAGGAGAUUUUGCCAUUGUUUCAGAUGAAAACCUCCAAAUUAAUGCUCACUUCAUCGGAACCCGACCAGAAGGAAGGACUCGUGACUUUACAUGGGUCCAAGCCGUGGCCGUCAUGUUCGACACUCACAACCUUGUCAUUGCAGCAAAGAAAGUCUCACACUGGGAUAAAAAUUUUGAUGCUCUCACUGUAAGGUGGGAUGGUGAAGCAGUUAACAUCCCCAUUGAUGGAGAGGCUGAAUGGAGGACUAAUGGUGAAGAAAGAGAAGUCAUUGUGGAAAGAACCGAUGAUGCUAAUAAUAUAAGAGUUAGUGUUACUGGGUUGGUUCAAAUUGACAUUAGGGUGAGACCUAUUGGAGAAAAGGAAAACCGGGUUCACCACUACCACAUACCAGCCAAUGAUGCUUUUGCUCAUUUGGAGACACAGUUCAAGUUUUCCAACUUAUCAGAUUUUGUUGAAGGAGUGUUAGGCAAGACAUACAGGCCUGGCUAUGUUAGCCCUGUCAAGAUUGGUGUUCCCAUGCCAUUGAUGGGUGGGGAGGACAAAUAUCAUAUUCCAUCUCUCUAUUCACCUCUUUGCAAAGUCUGCAGGUUUCAGAGGCAGCCUGGAUUUGGUGCUAUAAAAGAAGUUGCUCAGUUCUAAUGAGUAAUGAGAAUCAAGAAAUAUAAACAUUGGUCUUUGUAGGUAAAAACAAAUGUGUUAAAACAUUUAUUUUAUUUUGGAUCUUCAUAUUUGUAUUUGUUGGAGCAUUGUGUUUGCACCAACAGUAUUUAAUUAAGAAUAAUAAAAUAAGGGCUGAACUGAAAAGUUAGCUCGUGAUAUAGUCAUUUUCAAAGGCUUGUCAUAUUUGUUUUUGGGAAAA